AUGAAAAGGACGAUUCGCAAGGUCAAGAAACCAGACAAUUCUUCCAAGCUGGUUUGUCUUUCGACGACGAAUUCCAAUGGAUUGGCUUCGAGCGUUUCGUCAUCGAGAUGUGCCUAUGUCGCCGGGUGCGUCCUGGUGGUUUACGAUGUGGAUUACCGGCACCCACUCGCACCUCGUGGUUUUUCAACAAAUGCCGAGACCGUUGAGCUGCGUCGCCGUCUCCAAAGAUGGGCGUUUCAUAGCAGCUGGAGAGGUAGAAAAUCAAUUUCUUCUGAUAAACCAUUUUCAGGAACUCAACUUGCAGUGUUAGUGUGGGACGUUGAGACACUAGCCUUGGUGUAUGAGCUUAAAGGUCAUCUGUUUGGAGUUGGAUGCAUUGCAUUCUCACCUGAUGGAAGACAUUUGGUGUCUGUUGGAGGAUACAUCCAUCUGUGGGAGUGGCGGAUUGGUAUGCUGGUUACAAAGCUUAAAGCAAGUGCAUCUUGUUCUGCUAUUUCAUCAGUUAGCUUCUCAUCAGAUGCAAAAUUCGUUAUAACUGCUGGGAAGAAACACUUAAUGUUCUGGACUGUUAGAUCAUCCCCAAAGACUCGUUUAAGUAAAGGGAAUGUAUCAAUGACAAUGCAUGGAAAGGCUGUCAAUCUUGGUCUUCAGAAGGGAAGGUCAUUUAUAUCUGUUGAGGCUAAUUUCCCAUCAAUGUGUUUUGUGCCUUAUACAUUCUGGUUUGUCAGUAAGGAAGUCUGUGGAUUUAAAGGUUCGUUUUAUGUUCCCCAUAUGGUUCUUGGUGGAUUUCAAAAGAUCCAAUUAGUAUUUAAGGAAACUGGAAUAUUUUUGGAGGCCUGUAUAGCUGCCCGGACAGUUGAUAAAGGCUUUGCAGUAUCUGUAUCCGACAAGCUAAUUGCUUGUGCUUGUAGUAGUGGAAUAGUGCGACUCUUCACCAUUGAGACCCUUAAAUAUGCUGGAAGUCUGUCAUAUUCAAAGGAUAAAAAAGGUGGUGGGAUUGGGAAUAAUGACAUUUUUUGCCCUAAUAAAGAUGUGGAAACAGAUUUUCAACUUUUACCUAAUCUCCCUGAUGCAGUUGCGUUGGUUAUUUAUGGAGAUCAUAGCCUCUAUAUAUGGAAUAUUCAUGAUGUGAACCAGGCUACAAGGUGUUAUGUGUUACUUUCACACUCUGCAUGCAUAUGGGAUGUCAAAAAUCUUUGCUGUGAUAACUUGCAUGAUCAGUCUCUUGCAUGUGUUGCUAGAGGUUGUUCUGGUGGAGUUUCUUUUGCAACGUGCUCAACAGAUGGUUCUAUUAGGUUGUGGGAUCUUUCUUUCCAGCCUAAUCCAUCAGAAGAUCUUGCAGACCACCAUCCUUUGAAUACUGAAUCAAUGAGCACCACAAGAUUAGUGAGCACAGGGACAUUUGAACGUGAUGCUAUGGAGUUAGGUUUUAGCGCUCAAGGGUUUAGGUCAAUGGCAGUUAGUCCAGAUGGAAAGUAUCUCGCUGCUGGCGAUAGCAAGGGAAGCCUUCAUAUAUAUGACCUUCAUACUUUUGAUUAUACAUGUUUCCAGGACGCUCAUGAUUCAGAGAUCCUAUCUCUGAGCUUUAGUUUGUCGAGCAAGAAGCAUGUUGAUUCCAAAGAGGUGACUACUGGACAUUAUUUCCUUGCUUCUGGAGGGCGUGAUCAACUUAUUCAUCUUUAUGAUGUCAGAAGGAAUUUUGAUCUCAUUGAGAGUAUUGAUGACCAUUCCGCUGCAGUUACUUCUGUAAAACUUGCUUGCAAUGGCCAUAAGAUUCUAAGUUCCGCCGCUGAUAGGUCUUUAGUGUUCCGAGACAUUUCUGUCACAGAUAAUGGUUUCCAAAUUUCGCAUCGGCUUCAUCAAAUGGCAUCUCAUGGAACUGUUUAUGACAUGGUUGUAGAUCCAAAAUCAGAGAUUGCAGUAACAGUAGGACAGGACAAGAAGAUAAACACGUUUGACAUUGCUUCUGGGAGGUUAAUUAGAUCAUUCAAGCAAAAUAAAUAUUCUGGGGACCCUAUAAAGGUUACAAUGGACCCAAGCUGUAGUUACCUGGUCUGCUCCGAUUCUAACAAGUCUCUAUACAUUUAUGACUUUAUUACUGGAGAGAUGGUUACACAAGUCAUGGGGCAUGGUGAAGUUAUAACUGGUGUCAUUUUCUUACCCGAUUGCAAGCAUAUAAUUUCAAUUUUCAGGAUCCUAACAAUGGUAUCAGAGCAUCUACGAUCCAUGGAGCCUUUUGAGUUAAGAGAGAAACUUAGGGCUGUUCUAAGAGCUAAUCUCAAGGUUUCGGGAGGGAGUAUGGGGGGGCUCCGGGACUAG